AUGGCCAAUUAUACCACAAUGGCUGAGUUCAUUCUCUUGGGAUUCUCAGAUUGUCCAGAGCUGCAGGUCACCUUCUUUGUGUUGUUCCUCACAAUCUACCUUAUCACCCUCAUGGGGAAUCUUGGGAUGAUUGCAUUAAUCAGGAUGGAUUCCCAGCUUCACACGCCCAUGUAUUUUUUCCUCAGCCACUUGUCCCUGGUAGAUGCCUGUAACAGCUCAGCUGUCAUACCCAAGAUGUUGGUGAACUUCUUAGCAGACAGCAAAGCCAUCUCCUACAUCAGCUGUGCUGCACAAAUGUAUUUUUUUGUUAUCUUUGCAACUGCUGAUCUCUUGCUUCUGUCGGCAAUGGCAUAUGACCGGUAUGUAGCUGUGUGUAACCCACUACUCUAUACAGCUGUCAUGUCCCCCAGAGUCUGUGCCCAGCUGGUGGCUGGCUCAUAUGCUUGCAGCGCUGUAAGUUCUAUGAUACACACGUGUUUUACUUUUAGCUUGUCCUUUUGCAGUUCCAACAUCAUCAGUCAUUUUUUCUGUGACAUCCCCCCACUCUUAGCACUCUCCUGCUCCGAUACCACCAUCAACGAGAUGCUGCUCUUCAUCUUGGGAAGCGUGGAAGCAACCAUUUCUCUCCUGAUCAUCCUUGUCUCCUACCUGUACAUCCUGGCUGCCAUCCUGCAGAUCCGUUCUGCCAAGGGGAGGAGAAAAGCCUUCUCUACCUGUACCUCCCACCUGACUGUAGUCACUAUGUUAUAUGGAACUCUUAGCUUUAUGUAUUUACGGCCCAGUUCCAGCUAUGCCCUCGACCAGGACAUGGUGGUGUCUGUGUUCUAUACAGUGGUGAUCCCCAUGCUGAACCCACUUAUCUACAGCCUGAGGAAUGCAGAAGUGAAGGAUGCCCUGAGGAGAGUGAUUAGGAGGAAAAUAUGUCCUCAUUUGAUGUGA